AUACGAAAUUGUUCAUCCUAUCCCGAAAUACUUCAUUAAGAAAGAGGAAAAUGGUUCAUACUCUGGAAUUAUUGGACAAGUUAUUAACAAACAAGCUGAUAUAGCUGCAUUUCCGUUAUUUGUUACUAGUACACGGUACGAACAGGCAGACUACUCUUCGCUAAUUGUCAUGACUCCCGUCAAUUUUAUCGUGACUGAAAAACAAAUUGUAAUAAACUGGAUGACAAUCGUAAAACCAUUUUCAUUUCAGGUUUGGAUCGCAAUCGGAUUGUCCAUUUUAAUAUUCGGAUUUAUCUUCUCGUUAAUAUUCGAGUACGAACGGCAAUUAACUCAAUCUAACAGAAUAUUGGUUUUAAGCCAAGUUAUUUGGUAUAUGUUUGGAACAAUUAUUUUUCAAGGUGUUGACAUGAAUUUUCCGAGAACAUUGCCGUCGAGACUCUCUGUUGGAUUCUGGCUGUUGUCUGCAUUAGUUCUUGCUAGCAGUUACAGUGGAACUUUAAUAUCUUUCCUAACUGCACCUAUUUACGAAAAGGCACCGACAACGUUCGGGGAAUUGACUUCCGCUAUAGAAAGUGGAAAAUAUUCUUGUGGGGCACACCAGGAAGCAAAACGUGUAACGUUCGAUGGAUUUAAAUCGGGCGAUGCAAAGAUUAUAAAAGAUCACAUUGAUACCAACAAUAAUUGGGUCUAUUCCGAGGAAAACGCUGUCGAAAGAGUAGAAAAUGAACGAUACGCUUAUAUAGAAGGAAGCAAACUUCUAAAUAAAGUAUUCAAAAACAAACUGAAAGGAAGAGUACUGGAAAGCAAAGACUCUCUGAUAACAUUCAGCGAAGCCUAUUAUAUAAGAAAGGGUUUUCCAUUUAAACACGCUUUAAAUAAAAUUGUAAUUCGUACGUUCGAGUCUGGAAUAUUGGACAAGAUAGAGAACGAAAAGGCAUCGUACUACCGAAACGAGGAGGACAUUGAAAUUAAACCGCUAACGAUAACUCAAUUUAUCGGAAGUUAUAUUCUUCUCAUAGUAGGAUUCAUAAUAGCCUUUAUUUGUCUUAUGGGAGAAAAAACAAUUGCAACUAAGAAAAAAAGGUUAAGCAGUCGUAGGAAUAUAUAA